AUGUCGGACAAGUUAACUCGUAUUGCGAUCGUCAGCGCUGAUAAGAAAUGCAGACAGGAGUGCAAGAAGUCGUGCCCCGUUGUCCGAAGCGGAAAACUCUGUAUCGAAGUGACGCCCUCAUCCAAGAUUGCCUUCAUCUCCGAAACACUGUGUAUUGGUUGCGGUAUCUGCCCUAAGAAAUGCCCCUUCGGAGCGAUCACCAUUAUCAAUCUGCCAACGAAUCUCGAGUCGCAUGUUACCCAUCGAUACUCCGCCAACAGCUUCAAGCUCCAUCGAUUGCCAACACCACGACCGGGACAGGUGCUAGGGUUAGUUGGUUCCAACGGUAUUGGGAAGAGUACAGCUCUCAAGAUCUUGAGCGGAAAGUUAAAGCCCAACCUGGGAAGAUUUGACAAUCCACCUGAUUGGCAGGAUGUGAUCAAGUAUUUCAGAGGUUCUGAACUACAGAACUAUUUCACCAAGAUUCUCGAAGAUGACUUGAAAGCUAUCGUCAAGCCCCAAUAUGUCGACCGCAUUCCCAAGGCAAUCAGGAGCGUAGACAAGACAGUGAGGACGCUCAUCGAGGCUCAGGCUUCGAUGGAUAAUUUGGAGCAAGUCCUUGAUGUCCUGGAGUUGAAUCAUAUUAUGGACCGAGAUGUCAAUCUCUUGUCAGGUGGAGAGCUUCAGAGAUUCGCUAUUGGAACUGUCUGUGUGCAACAGGCCGACGUUUAUAUGUUUGAUGAACCUUCAUCUUACCUCGAUGUCAAGCAACGUUUGAGCGCUGCGAAGAUAAUCCGGUCCUUACUCAGACCAGACGACUAUGUCAUUUGCGUGGAGCACGAUCUCUCAGUCCUAGACUAUCUUUCCGAUUUUAUCUGCGUCCUCUACGGUAGACCGGCUGUUUAUGGUGUCGUUACCUUGCCAGCAUCAGUCCGAGAGGGCAUCAAUAUUUUCCUCGAUGGCAACAUCCCCACGGAGAAUUUGCGUUUCAGAGAGGAGUCCCUGACGUUCCGCAUCGCUGAGGCUGCCGACGAGUUCAUUACGGACCGAUCCCGUGCUUUCCAAUACCCUGCCAUGGAAAAGACACUCGACACGUUCCACCUUAAAAUUGAGGCCGGUGACUUCACUGAUUCAGAAAUUAUCGUAAUGAUGGGUGAAAACGGAACUGGCAAGACCACGUUCUGUAAACUACUAGCUGGCGCCUUAAACCCGGACGGCAACCAAAAAGUUCCGGGCAUGAAGGUCAGCAUGAAGCCUCAGAAGAUCACACCCAAGUUUGAUGGCACUGUUCGACAACUGUUCUUCAAGAAGAUCAAGACUGCUUUCCUCCUCCCACAGUUCCAGACCGAUGUUGUCAAGCCCCUCAAACUUGAUGGAUUCAUUGACCAGGAAGUCAAAACCCUUUCCGGAGGUGAAUUGCAGCGUGUCGCCAUUGUCCUCGCCCUGGGUCUGCCAGCAGAUAUUUACCUUAUCGAUGAGCCGUCUGCCUAUCUGGACUCAGAGCAACGUAUCAUCGCGGCACGUGUGAUCAAGAGGUUCAUCAUGCAUUCGAAGAAGACGGCAUUCAUCGUCGAGCACGAUUUCAUCAUGGCAACAUACCUUGCAGACCGAGUCAUCGUUUUCGACGGCGAGCCCGGCAUUGACGCCCGUGCAAACACCCCUGAAUCCCUACUCACAGGCUGCAACAAGUUCUUGAAGAAUCUCGAUGUCACCUUCCGUCGGGAUCCAAACAAUUACAGACCUCGCAUCAACAAACACAAUUCUCAACUUGACCAGGAUCAGAAGCUAGGUGGCAAUUAUUUCUUCCUUGAAGACGAGCAAAAGGCUCCUCCUAGUUAA